UCACCGUCGUCCGAGUCCACUGCAUGAGUCAAACAGAGAACGUGUGACUCCCCGACGUCGGUGUCUCUGUUGGACAUACAGUUCUGAUGUGCCGUCGUCGAUCUCGCCUUCAUCUGUCUCGAUGUCGGCCUCGUCUUUGGCGCCCGCAGCCUUCUCCUCGGCCGCACGACUGAGACACAGCCCGACGGCCUUGGCGAUCACCUCUCUGUCUUCCUCCGCCUCACUCUCACGGAGGACCUCGGCCGCCACUCUCUGUCUCACCGUUUGCCUGCAGGCAGGCACCCCACACGGACACACAAGAGCGCCAUAUCUAACCUUGACUGUCUGUGUGUGUCUGAGUGACUCUCUCUGUCUCUAUGUGUCUUACGUCUUGCGACGUAGAUGCCCAUCCCGUUGUUGGGGCCCCUCCGCCAAGCGCCAUUGCGUGCAUGUCGGAUUGGUCCUCUCCAUGCACACCACACAGCAGUCUACGUGUGACUGUCAAAAUGCUUUCUUCAGACCAAGAGCCAGACAAACAGUGUUGAAUGUCGGCAGCACCGG